CCUACAAGGAAAGCCACAGGACCUGCUUGUUUAACUGGGGUUCACAGGCCGGCACCCAUGGAGCUCCUGGGUGUCUCAACUAAUACUUGCAGCUGGGUUCCUCGGUUUCCUCUGUCUCAACCCCAGCCCCAGGAACAGAACCAAAAGAAGCUGAACAAGGGAACAACAAGGCCUGAAGAAAGCAGAAGUAGAGAAAGCACUGAUCUUCCCCUGGCUGGGCUGCAGCCUGGGACCCAGUUCUGCUGGCUGCAGGUCCCUAGGUGGGCAGGAUGUCCCCCGGCCAGGGGCUACCUUGGGCUCUGCUGCUUCUCUGGCUCCCAGGCUGUCUUCUGAGCGGCUCCCUCACUGUGAACGGCACUGUGGGGGGAUCCCUGAGCGUGCAGUGCCAGUAUGAGGAGCGAUACGAGAAACUUGGCAAGUACUGGUGCAGAGACUCAGUUCUGCUAUGUGAUAAGAUUGUGGAGACUACAGCUUCAAGCAGAGAAGCAAGGAAGGGCCGAGUGACCAUCAGGGACCAUCCAGCCAACCUCAGCUUCACGGUGACCUUGGAGAACCUCACGCUGCAGGAUGCAGACUCCUACUGGUGUGGGAUUAAUGUACCAUGGCAACAGGAUCCGGACUUCAAGGUUAAGGUGUCUGUGCUCCCAGCACCAACUUCAGAGAAACCCCCAAGUGUCCCUGUAGCCAGGACCUCAACAACCACAACCGAAGUCCCAGCUUCGUUUUUUACCAGCCUUGCGGGUGGCACUCACACCUUCAGCAGCCAGGAGAACCAGCAACAUGUCCAGGACUCUUGGCUCUCUGUGCUGCUCUUCUUACUGGGGGUUUUGCUGCUUCUGUUGGUGGGGCUCUCCCUGCUGGCCUGGAGAAUAUUCCAGAAGCGAGUUAAAGGUGGUGAACAUUCAGGGCGAGCCCGGAACCCCAGGAAGGCCGUUGAGCGGUGUGAGCUUUCCUACGCGAGCCUGCAGCUGCCCACGUGGUCCCUGAAGGAAGAGCCGGAGAUGCCGAGGCAGGUGGAGGUGGAGUACAGCACAGUGGCAUUCGCCCGGGAAGAUCUUCACUACAGCUCAGUGGUAUUCGAUUCACAGAUGCAAGACUCUAAUGCCGAUGGGGAUUUCUCCCAGAGACCCAAAGAGGAAACAGAGUACAGCGAAGUCAGGAAGCCAAAGAACCGCCUUCUUAGCUCUUGUCCCCCUUAGCCUGCGCUCUCCAUGGGGACCGACAGACAGCUGAGCUCCCAGCGAGCCGUCCCUCCCCUGCCCCAGCCCAGCCAGCUUCACUGAGGACAAGCAGGCCGCGGCUCUGCUGCACAGGGGGAAGCCUGCCCCACAGCCUCUUCCCUCCGCCCUGCUGCUUCUCCCCCAUGUGUAUGGAGGGUGCCAUGGGACUCCAGAAGAUGGUUCGACUCACACGGAGAGCCCGCAGGUAGCUUUGUAAACCACAGCCCCGUGGAAACACCCUCAUUGCUGGGCAAGGAGAGAGAGCCCGCAGGUAGCUUUGUAAACCACAGCCCCGUGGAAACACCCUCAUUGCUGGGCAAGGAGAGCUAAGGGACAGCAAAGGACAGGGACUUGUCCCUGUGCGAGGGUCACGGGGACAAUCAUCUCACAGAUAAGGACGCUGAGGCUCACAGGAGAAGAGGCUGGCCCUUGAUUUCAGAAUUAGUGGCGACUUCCUCUGGACUCUUAGGGUUAUGUUUAGAAUGUGAGCAUAAAUAAAAUUUAAACUAUCUUCUUACAUCAGACACACGCAUGCAUCCUGCUUUGUUUCUCUGGUUGUGAGAAACCAAAAGUGAACAUAAGGAUCAAAAUGUAUUUUGAAAUAGGAGGAAAAUGUUCAAAUGGGGAGGGGAACAAAAGAGAGGGGAGUUGGAAAGAAAAGAAGGGGAGAGUUUUUUCAAAAAAUGAGAAAAGAAGGAAAAUAUAGAGUCUUUAUAAACAGGGAGGGGAGGAGGGGUUGAAGAAAGGUAGGAAAAUGGGGGGCCACGCACAGGUACAAAUUCCCUUGAUGAAUGUGGUCGUUACAUACGACUAAGAUGUACCAAUAAAAUCUAACAUUAAAAAAAAGAAAUGAAGUAAACUAUCUUCUUAAAGGAGAAGAAAAAAGUGAUGGAAAUGAUGCCUGCUGUGUGUGCCCCGUAUUAAAGGGGGCGCCUGGCUCUGAUGCCAGGGGAGCACAGAGAGGCCUUUUGUUUGUUCGAGAUGGGGGUCUCACUGUGUAGUCCAGGCUGACCUUGAACUCACUAUGUAGCCCACGCUGGUCUUGAACUCAUGGUGAUCCUUCUGCCUCAGCCUCCCAAGUGCUGGGACCACAGGUGUGCAUCACCACACCUGGCUCACAGAGGAGCUUUGAGAUACAAGGACUUGGGGACAUCCCUCAAAUUGUCACUGGGUGGGAGAGUGGUAAAUUAAAAACUGGUGUUCAAUUUAUCACCCAGCUGAGCUGGAUGGGUGUGGUGCAGGGUGUGGAGGGUCCGCCUGAGGACUGCUGCCAGCAUGAAAUGAAGACCUGGAGAGGGAAAAGUGCUGGUGUUCGGUGCUGCCAGGUUCUCCUGGAGGAGCUUGUCAAACUCCUUUCCUGAUGUGAGCUUGGCUGUUCUCAUCAUCGGAGGAGCUCGGAACCUUGUUGUCCCUAAGAGUGGUGGCAGUUCAUUUUGGGAGCUCUGGUCCUUACUUUGAGCAUCGCUUCCUGGCUCCAGAGGGGAAGAUGCUGUGCUGCUCAGUCUCCUGGAGUUGCUUGUCAUGCUGGCUUCCUGAUAUGAACUCGGCUGUUCUCAUCAUCAGAGAAGGUCGGGUCUUCAUUGUCUCUGAGGAUGGCUUUCAGGGGAGCCCCGGCUCUUAUUCUGAGUGUUGCUUCCUGGGUCCAAUGCAGAUCCCUCAGUCUACUGGCACAGAUCCUUCAUCCCACUGACACAGACUUUCUAACUUCCGCCACUGACCUUUGGGCCUUCCCUGUACAGAUCUGUGCAACAGACUUGCGUAACUAUUUUUGUUGUGGGCUGUAGGCCUCCAGUUGGACUUGUGAGAGGCAUUGUCAUGGGUGCUCGGUCUUCAGCCGGACUCAUGCAGGACGUUGCCAUGGGAUGCAGGCCCUCAGCUGAAUUCUUUGAGUCUUAGUGUGUGGACAGAUUUCCUGGACUCUUUCUUUUGUAUUUGACUCUCGAUGAUCAUAAAAUAAUACUAUAAAUUGUG